GACCUCCUCACCAUCAACAUGCUGUGGGAGUUGGAGGACAUCAACCUCGCGACGAACGUCGCUUCGAUGGCCAAUUUCUCGUUGAUGAGCGCGCGCGAGGUUUCACUGUAUGUACGGCAGCGCACGCAUUGCUCCUCGAUCGUCAAGCUGCUCCACGAUGGCGCGAGGCGUUCCGAGCUCUUCACGGGCCACAACAGCUGGAUGGGUUACCACAUGAUGCUGCGCGUCUUCAAGCGGUACGAAUUUGGUGGCCUGCGCCCCGUCGCGAUGACCUCCUACCCGGGUGCCCUGGUCUCGGGCGACGACUGGUUUCAGGUUGGCAACCUCACCAUCACCGAGACGACCCUUCCUAACUACAACAAUGAGAUCUUCGCCGCGGUGACGCCGAAAACGGUUCCCUACUGGAUCCGCGCGAUGGUCGCCAACCAGCAGGCGCGCAGCGGGCCCGACUGGAUGGAGGUCUUCGCCAAGCACAACUCGGGAACCUACAACAAUAUGUGGAUCGUUGUCGACUACUCCAAGUUUGAGCCGUACAAGCCUGUGCGGGAGGGACUGUUGACCGUGGGUGAGCAGCUACCGGACUUCUUCUACUACGAGGAUCAGACCGCCGUCCUGUCGUACGGCUAUUAUCCCUCCUACAAUGCGGCGGCCUACCCCGAGACGGCACGCCUCAUCAAGCAGGAUAAGAUGGCUCGUGAGAAAGGCGAGGACUUUUCGUACCAGAUGGUCUCACGGGCCAAGGUCUUCCGUCGCGACCAGGCCGACAUCCGCUCGGACGCUGACAUGCAGCGCACCAUGCAGUACAACCAGUUCAAGACGGACCCGCUUGCGAAGGGCGACCCGUGCAACCAGCUGGCCUGCCGCGCUGACCUGGACAAGGAUGCCGCCGCUCGUCAGACCUUCGGCGCGAUCGACGCCAAGUACACCUCGUCGGCGCACGUGCGCGCUGACCGCACCCUCGUCAUCUCCGGCCCGACCAAGGACGACCAGCCCGUCUUCGACUGGCGCGCCGUCGACCCGGCCCUCGCCGCCAAGUCAUCGCACAACGGCCAACCCGAGCGUUUCAACUUCCCGUGGAUG